AUGCGGGUAAGAUGGCGGCGGUUGGCGCUAGCGGCCCUCAGCAGCAGCAACCCCAGGCGCAGCCGCAGCCUCAGCCCCCGCAGCAGCAGCCUCAGUACACAGAUGCCUGGUAUCUGGCCCUUCUCGGCUUUGCCGAGAACUUCCGGACGGCCAGCCCGCCCAAGAUCAAGCUGUGCGUGCACUGCCUGCAGGCCAUCUUCCAGUUCAAGCCGUCGCAGCGCAUCGAGGCCCGCACCCACCUCCAGCUGGGCAGCGUCUUGUACCACCACACCAAGAACACGGACCAGGCCCGUUCGCAUCUCGAGAAGGCGUGGUUAAUAUCCCAACAAAUUCCACAGUUUGAAGAUAUCAAAUUUGAAGCAGCCAGCCUUCUCUCAGAGUUAUAUUGCCACCAGAAUCUGGUUGAUUCAGCAAAACCACUUUUACGGAAAGCAAUCCAGAUCUCUCAGCAAACGCCUUACUGGCAUUGUCGACUACUCUUUCAGCUUGCACAAUUGCACACGUUAGAGAAAGAUUUGGUCUCGGCGUGUGAUCUCUUGGGAGUUGGAGCUGAGUAUGCCAGAGUAGUGGGAUCAGAAUACACAAGAGCACUCUUCCUCUUAAGCAAAGGCAUGCUGCUGUUGAUGGAACGGAAACUGCAAGAGGUUCAUCCUCUGUUGACUCUGUGCGGCCAGAUUGUAGAGAACUGGCAGGGUAACCCCAUACAGAAAGAGUCUCUACGUGUCUUCUUUCUGGUACUACAAGUCACACACUACCUGGAUGCAGGGCAGGUCAAAAGCGUGAAGCCCUGCCUGAAACAGUUGCAGCAGUGUAUUCAAACCAUCUCCACGCUACAUGAUGACGAGAUCUUGCCCAGUAAUCCCGCAGACCUCUUUCACUGGCUACCCAAGGAGCAUAUGUGUGUCCUGGUCUAUCUGGUGACUGUGAUGCACUCCAUGCAAGCUGGAUACUUGGAGAAAGCCCAGAAAUAUACAGAUAAAGCACUCAUGCAGUUAGAGAAAUUAAAAAUGCUGGACUGCAGCCCAAUCCUCUCAUCAUUUCAAGUCAUGUUACUGGAACAUAUCAUCAUGUGUCGACUUGUAACAGGCCACAAAGCCACAGCUCUCCAAGAGAUUUCUCAGGUCUGCCAACUAUGUCAGCAAUCUCCCAGGUUAUUUUCCAACCAUGCAGCCCAGCUUCACACACUACUGGGUUUGUAUUGCAUCUCCAUAAACUGCAUGGACAAUGCUGAGGCACAGUUCACAACAGCACUUCGGCUAACAACGCAUCAGGAAUUGUGGGCAUUCAUUGUCACAAACCUGGCCAGUGUCUACAUUAGAGAGGGCAACAGACAUCAGGAGCUAUACAAUCUGCUGGAAAGAAUAAACCCAGAUCACAACUUCCCAGUCAGUUCCCACUGUCUCCGAGCAGCUGCCUUCUACAUCCGGGGCCUCCUGUCCUUCUUUCAAGGAAGGUACAAUGAAGCAAAGAGAUUUCUACGGGAGACUCUCAAAAUGUCAAACGCAGAAGAUUUGAAUCGGUUAACAGCUUGUUCCUUGGUAUUACUGGGUCACAUAUUCUACGCCCUUGGAAACCAUAGGGAGAGCAAUAACAUGGUGGUACCAGCCAUGCAACUGGCCAGCAAGAUCCCAGACAUGUCAGUCCAGCUGUGGUCAUCAGCACUGCUGAGGGAUCUCAACAAGGCAUGUGGGAACUCUUUGGAAGCUCAUGAAGCAGCGCAGAUGCAUCAGAACUUCUCUCAGCAGCUUCUCAACGACCAUAUAGAGGCUUGCAGCCUCCCCGAACACAAUCUGAUCAAUUGGACUGACGGGCCUCUUCCUGUGCAGUUUCAAGCUCAAAAUGGACCGACCACCAGCCUCGCGAGUCUGCUAUGAACAUAACCCAGGGUGUAAAUCUGUGGAACCCUUCGCCCUCAAACCAGGCAAACAUGAAACGGGAUUUGAAAUUGGCUUCCUAAUCAUUGCAGGGCAAACGACAGGCAGACGGCGAGGGAGUCUGCCUGCAGUGCUGCGGGCAUGGUCCAGACUCUCACCUGCUUCCCUCUGGAGAUCAGUCCGGCCCCGUGUGCUGGGCUGUUGACUUUGAUGCAAAACAAUGGUUUUGUUUGAAUGAUGUCGAUGAUGAUUCCCAAAGGAAUUGUUAUUACCUCUCCUCAUCCCAAUCGUGUUUGUAAUCUCUGCUCCGUGUAAUGUUCUCUCUGCUCCUGUUUCUAAGCACCAUGUGAUUUUUGCCCCUGUUCCCCCAGCUCCAGUGUAGGGGGUUUGGGAGCGGUUAGGGGUACAACCUCUGUCAUGCUGUACUCUCACUGCACCCCUUCACCACUGGAUGCUCGCUGCCAUCACUGGUUGCUGCGGGAACUACCCUACCUCUGAAUGGUGGAAGUACUGGGGGAGGAGUUAGUCACGGCGUAUAUUUAUAUUUACUUUGCUAAAUUGAGUAGCUUGGUGCUGAUGACGUAUUUUGCAGUGCUCCCUGUUAAUUUUGAUAGAAUGGCCGCACCCUCUGCCCAGACAACUGUUAGUCGCUUGCGAUGGAUCCGCUGCACGUUGAGCUAGUGACCACGUUGCAGAUGGUGCGUGGCAGGGACGGGUCCACACAAUCGCGCUUUCACCUGACCCUGCGAGAGCUGGACCCCAAGCUGGUUUACUGUAGCCCAGUGUUUGAGGCUGUUUAGUCAGGAAUCUCCAAUCCAUACAUGUUGUUCACAUGUUCUGCAGCUGCUGCCCCUCCCUCUCUGCUCUCAUGUCUGAUGCAAGGACUCCUUUCUCCCUCCAUCACCCCAACAUGCACACGUUCUCUCCCUCCAUUGCUCGCUUUCACUCAUUUUGCCCCCCCACCCCCCUCCCGCAGAUCCACUUCAGGACAACCGAUGGUCCUGCCAAAAACGUAUUGUUGUUCCUAUUUGAUCCAGUGAGUUGGUUCUAUUUAUUACAGUGCUUUUAUCUAAUAGAAAAAUAAUUUAUAAACUGAGAGUGGUGGUCUGUCGUGAUGGGGGUGGGGGGAGUGAAGAUGGCCUGGAGGUGGCUUCUCUUCCUGUGCACUUCACCCUCUUCCUGCCCCUUCCUCUCCUUUAUCCUCUUCCACUUCUCAUUCUUUCCACCUGCAGUUGCACAGUUCCAGUAAUCCUGGCUGUUUACUGAGCGACCAAUGUGGUAAAUUACAGGAUAAGCUCAAAGCUAAGUCUUAAUUUAAUUCAUUCAAAACAAAAUUGCUUUUAAACUGUGUUUCUUUGGCUGAAGAUGUUGGCUGCCAAACAGCAUUUUACCAGAUUGGUGUUGCAGUUCUCAGAUGUGAGUUGAAUUUAAGGCUGUAAGAAAGAACUGCAGAUGCUGAUUUAAAUCAAAGGUAGACACAAAAUGCUGGAGUAACUCAGCGGGACAGCCAGCAUCUCUGGAGAGAAGGAA